UCUUCUAGUGCUAACCUGCUCUGACCCCUGCAGAUGUCCAAAACGAAGGCUGCACCCCCUCCUGGGUGCACUCUGAACGUUAACGAUCCUAAGGUCCAGGAGGCUGCCAUCCGAAUCCAAGCUUCGUAUCGUGGCCACAGGUCACGUAAAGAACUGCGUGAGAAAGGCCCGCCUAAGAUCCUGCAGGAGCUAAAAGAUGUGGUUCUUGUUGAGGGCAGCGCUGCAAAGCUGGAGUGCAGAGUCAGCGCUUUCCCAGAUCCUUUCAUCGUCUGGUGCAAGGACGGCAAGGAGCUGAAGGACGGUCCCAAGUACCGCUAUGUUUUUGAAGAUCCGGAUUUUGUGGCGCUCGUGGUUCGAGAUGGGGUUCUGGCUGACCUGGGAAAGUAUACAGUUUCCAUUAAAAAUCCAUUCGGACAGACACAUGGAUCGGCCUGUAUUCUAGUGGAAGUCCCUGCUAAGGUUUCUAAAGGCCCAGACAACAUGAAGGCCCAGAGAGGGACAACAGUGGUGCUCAAGGCUGAAAUACGUGGGGAGCCUCCUCCAGAUGUUGCCUGGCUCAAAGAUGGAGAUGACAUCGAAGAAGAUGACAGGGUAUUCUUCGAUGUUGGAGACACAAACACAAUCUUGACCAUCAAAAACGCAAAGUUGUCUGAUGCUGGCAAGUACGAGGUGUUUGUGGAGAACAAUCUGGGCACAGACCAGUCCUUCGCUCGGGUCGACAUCCUCUGAUGCAAACUCCAAUUCAACUACAAUAAUCCAGUGGACAGUAUCAAUGCUGUGUUACAAGCUGUACAUUCAAUAACACCCAUGAUAAAAAAGUUUUUCCUUUUCUGGUAACACGUUUUUAUUGAUGACGAGAUAAAGCAUCUGUAUUGUGGGAGUACUUUAAAGAGCAAUAUUUGUUUCUGUAAGAAAUAAGGGCAGAUUUAUAAUGAAAAAUAAAGCAUUUUACCAUAAUAAUAACA